AAGCCUAAGCCUAAGCCUAAGCCUAAGCCUAAGCCUAAGCCUAAGCCUAAGCCUAAGCCUAAGCCUAAGCCUAAGCCUAAGCCUAAGCCUAAGCCUAAGCCUAAGCCUAAGCCUAAGCCUAAGCCUAAGCCUAAGCCUAAGCCUAAGCCUAAGCCUAAGCCUAAGCCUAAGCCUAAGCCUAAGCCUAAGCCUAAGCCUAAGCCUAAGCCUAAGCCUAAGCCUAAGCCUAAGCCUAAGCCUAAGCCUAAGCCUAAGCCUAAGCCUAAGCCUAAGCCUAAGCCUAAGCCUAAGCCUAAGCCUAAGCCUAAGCCUAAGCCUAAGCCUAAGCCUAAGCCUAAGCCUAAGCCUAAGCCUAAGCCUAAGCCUAAGCCUAAGCCUAAGCCUAAGCCUAAGCCUAAGCCUAAGCCUAAGCCUAAGCCUAAGCCUAAGCCUAAGCCUAAGCCUAAGCCUAAGCCUAAGCCUAAGCCUAAGCCUAAGCCUAAGCCUAAGCCUAAGCCUAAGCCUAAGCCUAAGCCUAAGCCUAAGCCUAAGCCUAAGCCUAAGCCUAAGCCUAAGCCUAAGCCUGCAAAGCCUAAGCCUAAGCCUAAGCCUAAGCCUAAGCCUAAGCCUAAGCCUAAGCCUAAGCCUAAGCCUAAGCCUAAGCCUAAGCCUAAGCCUAAGCCUAAGCCUAAGCCUAAGCCUAAGCCUAAGCCUAAGCCUGCCUAAGCCUAAGCCUAAGCCUAAGCCUAAGCCUAAGCCUAAGCCUAAGCCUAAGCCUAAGCCUAAGCCUAAGCCUAAGCCUAAGCCUAAGCCUAAGCCCAAGCAUAAGCCUAAGCCUAAGCCUAAGCCUAAGCCUAAGCCUAAGCCUAAGCCUAAGCCUAAGCCUAAGCCUAAGCCUAAGCCUAAGCCUAAGCCUAAGCCUAAGCCUAAGCCUAAGCCUAAGCCUAAGCCUAAGCCUAAGCCUAAGCCUAAGCCUAAGCCUAAGCCUAAGCCUAAGCCUAAGCCUAAGCCUAAGCCUAAGCCUAAGCCUAAGCCUAAGCCUAAGCCUAAGCCUAAGCCUAAGCCUAAGCCUAAGCCUAAGCCUAAGCCUAAGCCUAAGCCUAAGCCUAAGCCUAAGCCUAAGCCUAAGCCUAAGCCUAAGCCUAAGCCUAAGCCUAAGCCUAAGCCUAAGCCUAAGCCUAAGCCUAAGCCUAAGCCUAAGCCUAAGCCUAAGCCCUAAGCCUAAGCCUAAGCCUAAGCCUAAGCCUAAGCCUAAGCCUAAGCCUAAGCCUAAGCCUAAGCCUAAGCCUAAGCCUAAGCCUAAGCCUAAGCCUAAGCCUAAGCCUAAGCCUAAGCCUAAGCCUAAGCCUAAGCCUAAGCCUAAGCCUAAGCCUAAGCCUAAGCCUAAGCCUAAGCCUAAGCCUAAGCCUAAGCCUAAGCCUAAGCCUAAGCCUAAGCCUAAGCCUAAGCCUAAGCCUAAGCCUAAGCCUAAGCCUAAGCCUAAGCCUAAGCCUAAGCCUAAGCCUAAGCCUAAGCCUAAGCCUAAGCCUAAGCCUAAGCCUAAGCCUAAGCCUAAGCCUAAGCCUAAGCCUAAGCCUAAGCCUAAGCCUAAGCCUAAGCCUAAGCCUAAGCCUAAGCCUAAGCCUAAGCCUAAGCCUAAGCCUAAGCCUAAGCCUAAGCCUAAGCCUAAGCCUAAGCCUAAGCCUAAGCCUAAGCCUAAGCCUAAGCCUAAGCCUAAGCCUAAGCCUAAGCCUAAGCCUAAGCCUAAGCCUAAGCCUAAGCCUAAGCCUAAGCCUAAGCCUAAGCCUAAGCCUAAGCCUAAGCCUAAGCCUAAGCCUAAGCCUAAGCCUAAGCCUAAGCCUAAGCCUAAGCCUAAGCCUAAGCCUAAGCCUAAGCCUAAGCCUAAGCCUAAGCCUAAGCCUAAGCCUAAGCCUAAGCCUAAGCCUAAGCCUAAGCCUAAGCCUAAGCCUAAGCCUAAGCCUAAGCCUAAGCCUAAGCCUAAGCCUAAGCCUAAGCCUAAGCCUAAGCCUAAGCCUAAGCCUAAGCCUAAGCCUAAGCCUAAGCCUAAGCCUAAGCCUAAGCCUAAGCCUAAGCCUAAGCCUAAGCCUAAGCCUAAGCCUAAGCCUAAGCCUAAGCCUAAGCCUAAGCCUAAGCCUAAGCCUAAGCCUAAGCCUAAGCCUAAGCCUAAGCCUAAGCCUAAGCCUAAGCCUAAGCCUAAGCCUAAGCCUAAGCCUAAGCCUAAGCCUAAGCCUAAGCCUAAGCCUAAGCCUAAGCCUAAGCCUAAGCCUAAGCCUAAGCCUAAGCCUAAGCCUAAGCCUAAGCCUAAGCCUAAGCCUAAGCCUAAGCCUAAGCCUAAGCCUAAGCCUAAGCCUAAGCCUAAGCCUAAGCCUAAGCCUAAGCCUAAGCCUAAGCCUAAGCCUAAGCCUAAGCCUAAGCCUAAGCCUAAGCCUAAGCCUAAGCCUAAGCCUAAGCCUAAGCCUAAGCCUAAGCCUAAGCCUAAGCCUAAGCCUAAGCCUAAGCCUAAGCCUAAGCCUAAGCCUAAGCCUAAGCCUAAGCCUAAGCCUAAGCCUAAGCCUAAGCCUAAGCCUAAGCCUAAGCCUAAGCCUAAGCCUAAGCCUAAGCCUAAGCCUAAGCCUAAGCCUAAGCCUAAGCCUAAGCCUAAGCCUAAGCCUAAGCCUAAGCCUAAGCCUAAGCCUAAGCCUAAGCCUAAGCCUAAGCCUAAGCCUAAGCCUAAGCCUAAGCCUAAGCCUAAGCCUAAGCCUAAGCCUAAGCCUAAGCCUAAGCCUAAGCCUAAGCCUAAGCCUAAGCCUAAGCCUAAGCCUAAGCCUAAGCCUAAGCCUAAGCCUAAGCCUAAGCCUAAGCCUAAGCCUAAGCCUAAGCCUAAGCCUAAGCCUAAGCCUAAGCCUAAGCCUAAGCCUAAGCCUAAGCCUAAGCCUAAGCCUAAGCCUAAGCCUAAGCCUAAGCCUAAGCCUAAGCCUAAGCCUAAGCCUAAGCCUAAGCCUAAGCCUAAGCCUAAGCCUAAGCCUAAGCCUAAGCCUAAGCCUAAGCCUAAGCCUAAGCCUAAGCCUAAGCCUAAGCCUAAGCCUAAGCCUAAGCCUAAGCCUAAGCCUAAGCCUAAGCCUAAGCCUAAGCCUAAGCCUAAGCCUAAGCCUAAGCCUAAGCCUAAGCCUAAGCCUAAGCCUAAGCCUAAGCCUAAGCCUAAGCCUAAGCCUAAGCCUAAGCCUAAGCCUAAGCCUAAGCCUAAGCCUAAGCCUAAGCCUAAGCCUAAGCCUAAGCCUAAGCCUAAGCCUAAGCCUAAGCCUAAGCCUAAGCCUAAGCCUAAGCCUAAGCCUAAGCCUAAGCCUAAGCCUAAGCCUAAGCCUAAGCCUAAGCCUAAGCCUAAGCCUAAGCCUAAGCCUAAGCCUAAGCCUAAGCCUAAGCCUAAGCCUAAGCCUAAGCCUAAGCCUCAAGCCUAA